AUGGCUCACACUCUACCGAGGACCGUUGGCAUUGGCGACAGAGGUGACAUUCUGCUCGCCGACUACUCAGUGCUCAUCGCUCAUCGUUUUCAUUUUUGGCGUGCGUUGUUUCUCGGUGGUUUGUCGUCUACCGGAAGUACGGCCGAAGUUCCAGCUUCGAUCCUCGUUCUUUACUGUUGCAUCGCUGAUUCUGUUUCAUUCAAUUCCCACGUCGAGUGUUUAACGUUUUCCCGUUGCUCCCACCGAAGUUUGCGUCUGUCUCGCGAGGACGUCGUUUUAGACCACCGUGACUCGGUUCAUUUCGCCGCCGCCGCCGUUUCGCCUGCCGCCAAGAUAAAUACCUCUCCCGAUUUUCCUGUUCCGCUUGCAUCAACUGUCUAA